GAAUUUUUUCUCAUUCGAUACAUAAAUUCUAUUCAGAGCGUUGUAAAAAAAUAAAAAAUGGAAUAUAAUAAUACUAAAAUUCUAUUGAUUGUGGAUGAUAGUAUGGAUUGCCUUUUCACAACAGCGCUUUCUUGCCAAGGGUCCAUCCUGGUUGAUUCGUGUAACGCUGAUAUGUUAACUUCAAAGACAACCAAGGAGAAUAUGGAAUCGCAGAAACAGAAACUUCCCACACCAAAGGCAUACAAGUUUAUGCAAAUAUACGAUGAGAGGAAGAAAAUGCUGCUUAAUCAACAACAAGAAAAUGAGCGCAAACUACGAGAAUUUCGUGCAAAUCCAAUGCCAAAUUUUGGUUUGGCUCAUCAGCUAACAAAUAAUAUUAAGUUAAUGCAUCGUAUAACCGUGCCGAUAACACCAAAUGUUCUCAAGAAUUCUAUGCAAGCUGAGCAGAAGCGUGAACAACAAAUUCAAGCACAAAUUAAACUUAAGGAGGAGAAUCUACUGAAAACACUAAAGCCGAAUUUUAAAGCUCACCCUAUGCCUCUAUAUAAAAUGGAGCAUUUCAAACCAUCUAAUCGACAGACUUUGAUUGAUAUGAAACCAUUUAACUUAAAGUCCGAGGAACGUGGACUCCAACGAAAACUGUUCAAUGAGCAGAACAUGAAAAUUCUGGAGAAUAAAAGUCGUCGCAUGGAAGAGGAGCGCGAGAAUCGUGAAUCACAACUCAAGCAGAAGCUACGUCAGUUGACGAAUUUCAAGGCCAAUCGCAAUCCAUUUGGUUUCCAACAAAAGUAACACAUACCUAAACAUAUCGUUAUUUUUUGGUUCUUAUUUUAACUGAAUUUGAGUUAUAAUUUUAUUAAAUCUAAUGUUGGCAGUAAUUGAA